CAGCAGCAGCAGCAGCAGCAGCAGCAGCUGGAACAGCAGCAGCACUAGCAAAGGCAGUCGAAGCAACGACUCGCGGUAACAGCGACAGGAGGGAAAGGAGGAGGAUUACUCGUUGUGGUGACAGCAGUGUAACGUAAAUUCAGUCAAGCUGUACGGGCACCGGGAAGAAGACAUGCUUACGAUGGAGACGGACCUGAAGGGCGGCAGCCUUCACGGCCAGAUGCCGCCGCACUCGCACCAGGGCGUCUCGCCGAUGGGCCACCACACGGGUGUCGUGUCACCUUACGGCGCCCUUGGCUCCCUCGUUCACAGUCCCGCGCUCUCGGGCAGUCCGCCCAGCGGCGGCCUGGGAAGCCUCUCCCUACAGCACCAUCACCAGGCACCCCAGCACCAUUACGCCUCGAUGCAGGCCGCCGCGGCUGCAGCAGCCGCCGCUCAACAGCAACAGCAGCAACAGCAGCAGGUCCACGCGCAGCAGCACUCUCAGGCCAUGCACUCGCUCGCCCAGCAGCAGAGCGCCGUGCAACAGCAACAUCACGCCCAUCAGCAGCAACAGCAGCAGCAGCAGCAGCAGCAACAACAGCAACAGCAACAGCAACAACAGCAGCAACAGCAGUCCCAGCAGCAUCAGCCGAGCAACAACAACAACAACAAUACGAGCAAGAACAACAACAGCGAUCGGGUGAAGAGGCCGAUGAACGCGUUUAUGGUGUGGUCGCGGGGACAACGCCGGAAAAUGGCCCAGGAGAAUCCCAAGAUGCACAACUCGGAGAUCUCGAAGAGGCUCGGGGCCGAGUGGAAGCUCCUGAGCGAGACCGAGAAGCGGCCGUUCAUCGACGAGGCCAAGCGGCUUCGCGCCGUCCACAUGAAGGAGCACCCGGACUACAAGUACCGGCCACGGCGCAAGACCAAGACUCUCCUCAAGAAGGACAAGUUCCCGCUGGGCAGCGCCGUCGGUGGCGUCGGGGGCAUGCUCGGUGUCGAUCAGCGGCAGGUCGGUGGCGCGGCCGGACCUCAGCAGGCCCAGCUACCCCGCGAGGUCUAUCAGAUGCCCAACGGCUACAUGCCAAACGGCUACGCGAUGAUGCACGACCCGACGGCCGCCUACCAGCAGCACUACGGCGGGCACAUGAACGCCGCCGCGGCCGCCGCCGCUGCCGCCGGCUAUCCGAGGUACGACAUGGGCCACCACCUGGGGGCCGGUGCCGGGGGCGGCGGCAGCCCCUCACCCAUAAACAGCUACAUGAACGGCUACGGGGGCUACGGUCCGACCACCGUCCCCGGUGGCUCGCCCUCGCCCUACCACCAGGCCCAGCCUGGCUCUCAGAUGUCCAGCCACAGCCCCUCGGGCAGCAGCAUAAAGAGCGAGCCGACGAGCCCGGCGAGCGCGGGCAUACACACGCCGACGCCCAGCGGCCCGGGCUCGUCCGCUGGACCCAACGUCAAGCGCGAGUACAUGGCCCAGUCCCAGCAGCAACAGCAUCAGCAGCAUCAGCAGCAGGGCGACCUCCAGCAGAUGAUCUCUAUGUACAUGGGCGGUGACCAGAACGUGAUGCAGCACGGCGUCUACUCGCCGGGACCGUCACCCGACUCUCUCGGCCAGCACCAGUCCAUCAUACCGCCUCUCACCCACAUGUCGGAAAGUGAUAGAAAAAUGUUGAACCCUGAAACGAGUUGCUACUCUGAAUCCAUACGGUCAUGGGAUUGGAAUUCAACGAGCAACGUUCGCGUACAAGAAUCGUGGCCAACGUGAGCGCCAUUCAUAACGAAAACUUCGAAUAUCUUCAGCGACUAUGGGUCGCGUUUCUUAAACGAUUCGCGCUGCGCGAAUCAGGCCACUGCGAACAACAUAGAAGUCGACGCAAUUGCAGCCAAGAAUCACUUAUAAAAAAAAAAAAA